UGAUGACAAUUGACAAGAGUUAAAUACUAGACACUUAGCAUAGGGACGCGCGAUGCCCCUAUAUAGACACUGGAUGACUGGACUGGAGUAGUAUUUUGCUGCAAUUCCAAAAUUCAUGCGCGGCAGACCGGCCGCCAGUGUGCCAGAAAGACUCUCCAAGCACGUCGAAAAGCCGCGAGUAUUCCAGUUGACUUGCAUUGCGCGCAAUUUGCAACACGACGACGACCGGAGCUGAUCACACCGGCGGUUCAGAAAGCAUAUAUAUGUGUGUGUGGAUGUGGUUACGGUUCAUCGAAGAAGCGAGUAUAAGACGAUGCAGCUGGAGGCGAUGGAUGGCAACAACAAGCGAGCGAGGUGGAUGGUCGGCGCCGCGCUCACCGCUGUCGUCGUCGUCGUCGUGACGACCGUGCUCAUCCUCGGCGGGCGAAACGUUGGAGGAGCCCCGGCGACGGCUAGGGUGUGGGCAGCAGUAGCCAGCUUCCGCCAAGGUUCCAUCGAUCUCUCCUCCUCGCCUCCGGCGGCAGCGCGCCACGACGACAGACUGUACAACGGCCUACUGACCGACAGCUUCGACGAGGAAUCCUGCCACAGCAGGUACCAGUCCGCCAUGUACCGAGGGAAGCCCGGACGGCGACCCUCCGCGUACCUCAUCUCCAAGCUGCGGCGACACGAGGCUCUCCAGCGGCGGUGCGGCCCGGGCACCACCGCGUACAGCAACGCCCUAGAGCAGCUCAGGGCAGGCAGCAUGAGCACCAUCGCGCCACCGGAGUGCGCGUACAUCGUCUCCAUCUCGUACAGCGGGCUCGGGAACCGGAUCCUCGCGGCGGCCUCGGCGUUCCUGUACGCCGUGCUCACGGACCGCGUCCUCCUCGUCGACCCCAGCAACGACAUGGACGACCUUUUCUGCGAGCCGUUCCCCGGCACCACGUGGCUGCUGCCGCCGGGCUUCCCGGUGGCGAACUACACCGGCUUCGGCGUGGACACCGCCGAGAGCUACGGGAACAUGGUGAGGAACAAGGUGGUCGUCGAGAGCGGCGGCGUUGCCGAUGCUGCUUCGACGGCGGGACGACGACUGCCUCUGCCUGCGUUCGCGUACGUCCAUCUCCACAACGACGCCACCGUCGAGGACAACUACUUCUUCUGCGACGGCGACCAGAGGCUGCUCCGGCGCGUCCAGUGGCUGGCGGUGAGGACGGACAGCUACAUCGUGCCGGGGCUGUUCCUCGUGCAGGCGUUCCAGGGCGAGCUGGACCGGAUGUUCCCGGAGCGCGACGCCGUGUUCCACCACCUGGGCCGGUACCUGUUCCACCCGAGCAACCACGUCUGGGGCCUCGUCACGCGCUACUACGACGCCUACCUCGCCACUGCGCAGCAGCGGGUGGGCAUCCAGGUGCGCGUCUUCGGCGCGCAGCCCAACUCGCCCGAGCUGCUGGAGCAGAUCACCUCGUGCACGCAGAAGCAGAAGCUGCUCCCGGAAUUGCGGCUCGCCACGGGAGAGCCGACGCCGCCGCCGCCGCCGGUGCCCGCGUCUCGUGCCAGGUCUAAGGCCGUUCUCGUCACCUCGCUCAAGUCGUGGUACUACGAGAAACUCAAGAGCAUGUACUGGGAGCACGCCGCGGCCACCGGCGAGGCGGUCAGCGUGCACCAGCCCAGCCACGAGGAGUACCAGCGCUCCGGCGCCAGGUCGCACGAGCACAAGGCGUGGGCCGAGAUGUACCUGCUGAGCCUCACUGACGUGCUGGUGACCACCGGCGUGUCGACGUUCGGUUACGUGGCACAGGGGCUCGCCGGCGUGAGGCCGUGGGUGCUGUACAAGUCUACCAACAGCUCUGCCGUGCCCGAUCCGCCGUGCGGCUGGGACGUGUCCAUGGAGCCGUGCUUCCACAAACCACCAAGCUAUGAUUGCCGCCUCAAGCAAUGGACGGCGGACAUCUCAAAGGAUGUGCCGUACAUCCAGCACUGUCACGACUUGACCUGGGGGCUGAAACUUGUUGGUCGGAACAAAUAGGAUAUGUACCAAAGGGGACUCAACAUAAGGCUGAUCUGAGUCGUAAGUUUUAUCUUGUUGUUUCUAAACGUGUGAUCUCAUGUAGAGUCAAUUAUUGUGACUUGUGAGGAUGGACCAAACAAGAUCAUCAUGUGAUACAUAAUCCAAAUUUUGUUGUUUCACAAACUAAACAUAACAUUUAAUUUGUGAAGUAGGAUAUAUAGGAGGAAAUGAAACUUUUGUCCCUCAAUGCACAUAUCAAUCUGUUUGAUUGGAC